UAAAGGAGGAGAAAUAUCUAGGAGGGCGAUGGGGAGGGGCAUAAAAGCUUACCUCCUUUUAUGUUCCCAACUACUGAUGAGUGGGUUGAGCCUCCUAGUCAUUGCAAGUGCAGUAGUACUGGAGAGUAUUACUAGUACUUCAGAACCAGAUGAUGCACUCCACAUUAAUCUCAAUCGCACCUGUUUUCCCCCUCAUUUCCGCUGGGGAGCUGCUUCUUCGGCUUAUCAGGUUGAGGGUGCGGCAAAUGAGCGUGGUAAAGGUCCAAGUAUAUGGGAUACAUUUACUCAUAACCAUCCUGAGAAAAUAAAGGACCAUAGCAACGGAGAUCUGGCCAGUGAUUCCUAUCAUCGGUACAAGGAGGAUGUGCAAAAUUUGAAGCAAUUAAACCUGGAUGCAUACCGCUUUUCAAUUUCAUGGUCUAGACUGCUACCCCGUGGAAAAAUUAGGGGUGGAGUGAAUGAGGAAGGGAUUACUUACUAUAACAACCUCAUAAAUGAACUUCUAGCCAAUGAUAUAGAGCCUUACGUGACUCUCUUUCAUUGGGAUGUUCCCCAAGCCUUGGAAGAUGCGUAUGGCGGCUUCUUGAGUACUAAUAUUGUGGAUGACUUUCGCGACUAUGCAGAGCUUUGCUUCAAGAGAUUUGGAGAUCGAGUGAAGUAUUGGAUCACAAUGAAUGAGCCAUGGAGCUUUAGCGGUGGUGGGUACGUAACUGGUGCUAUGGCACCCGGUCGAUGCUCUGCUUGGUUAAAAUUGAAUUGUCUGGCUGGGGAUUCUGGAAUAGAGCCUUAUAUUGUAACACACAACCAACUCCUUGCUCAUGCAAUCGCUGUAAACAAGUAUCGGGACAAGUAUCAGAAAUCACAAAUGGGUGAGAUUGGUAUCACACUUGUGAGUAAGUGGUUAGAGCCCUUAACCAAUUCAUCACUCGACAUUGAGGCUAGACAGCGAUCUUUUGACUUCAAACUUGGAUGGUUUAUGGACCCACUAACGAUAGGUGAUUAUCCAGCUAUCAUGCGAUCAUUGGUUGGAAAUCGGCUUCCCAAAUUUUCACCUAAGCAAGCAGAUAUGGUGAAAGGAUCAAUUGAUUUCCUUGGAAUAAACUAUUAUACUGCUCAAUAUGCAGCAAAUGCACCAUAUGAUAGUUCUUUGAACCUAAGCUACGACACAGAUUCUCUAGUCACCCUCUCAAAUGAGAAGGAUGGAGUCCCCAUUGGUGCACAGGCUGGUUCAAAUUGGCUUUAUGUUUAUCCAAAAGGGAUUCGAAAUCUUCUCAUGUACAUAAAGAACAAAUAUAACAGUCCCCGUAUUUACAUCACCGAGAACGGUUUUGAUCAGAUAGAUGAUUUGACAAGGCCAAUACCGAUUAAGGAGGCUCUGAAUGACACUUUGAGGGUCAAGUACUACCAUGAUCAUCUUUCUAAUAUUCUGGAAGCAAUGAAGGCGGGAGUGAAAGUGGAAGGAUAUUUUGCGUGGUCUCUGGUAGACAAUUUCGAGUGGGCAUUCGGAUAUAGUUCUCGCUUCGGCAUGUAUUAUACAGACUACAAAGAUGGACUCAAGAGAUAUCCCAAACUAUCUACCUACUGGUUUACCAGUUUCCUCAAUAAGGGACCAAUGCUUGUCUGAGACUUAUUUUACUAGUAAUUGACAAAACUUUAGGGAAAAUACUAUUUCGGAUCGAUCGAGUUUCAAUUGGAGCCAAAAUAGAAACUUGUUUACUACUUCAAUUGUCAGAAAGGGUUCUUGAUAGGACUUUC